ACGAUACCCCAAAGCCAUUGCAGGUUAGUCCAAGUGUAGCCAUGGUCAAGUGAAUAUCUGGGAGUAUUGUGGGAAGAGUUUUUUUUGUGAGUGAUAUAUUUGAUUUAAAAAUGACGAUGCAGGGAAUUAAAGACUUUAUCUUGAACAAUAAAUUGGUGCUGUUCCUGAGCGUGGCGCUGUUCGCGUUCGUAAUAUCGACCAUUUCGCUGGCCAGUUCAAACAGCAGCAAAAAGACAGCCAUCGAGCAGUGCGAGGCGAGCAUUUGGGAAGCCACCGAGUUACCUCGCUGUUCAGUGGCAGUAUCCGCACUCCCAACGAAUGAUCCUGUUUAUCUCAAAGUCAACGGCACAGCGUUGAGUCUGUGGAAUUUCGACGGACCUGCGCUGGAGUGGGACAAGGACGCCGGAGAAACGGCUCUUCUGUGCUCUGGGACGGGCAAUGUUCUGGAAAAGUCAACUAAGCAGCUGACGAAGAAAACGUGCUCCAAGGGCACCGUUUUCAUGGUCGAGGGCGCGGAAGCGGAAGCUAAAGAUCUUAAGUGCAAGGAAGCGGUUGUUGGGGAUAUCUUGGCUACGACCGAGCUCUGUGGAAAUCAACGCGGAUAUCUGUACAGAUUAGGAUUCAAUGCUGAUACGAACGGCUUCAUUACGUACAUUGAAUCCUGCAUGAACAGUUUGACAUUUUCAGUGCUCUACACGAAGCAUGUUCUGCCAGGAACUGCAAUCAAGAGUGCCGUUACGGAUACCACUGGAACGUGGCGGAAGAGUACCCUGUUCACUGAAACGGUCAAUCCAGACACGCUGUACGGUCAGGCACAGCAACUUGCACGAAUGACGGAACUGUUGGGUACAGCAGAUCAUGCCAAAAAGUAUAUUACUGACACUCAGUACCUGGUCAAGGGACACGUGACACCAAUUAGGGAUGGAAUUUUUCACACCUGGCAACACGCAGGUUUCUACUACGAAAAUGCUGUGCCACAGUGGAAGGACGUCAACGAGGGCAACUGGAAGCGUGUCGAGGAGCUUACCCGAGAUAUUGCGGCGCAUUUGAAUGAAGAUCUGAUUGUUCUGCAAGGCACACGUGGUGUUCUGGAGCUGCCACAUGCCACCGGAUCAGUGAUGACGCCGGUUACGUUGGUUACUGCUGGCAUUGAGGUUCCACUGUGGAGUUGGAAAGUGCUCAAGUCUGAGAAGUUGAACGCUGGAAUUGCGUUCGUCACGUUGAACAAUCCGUAUGAAACCAAAUUGGAGCAGCUCCUUUGUGAAAACAUCUGCCAGCAAACAGGUUGGUCCGAUAGUCAGUUUACGGAGUACAAGAAAGGUUUCACGUACUGUUGUGAUCCAAACAUGCUGGUAAGAUAUGUACCGCAUGCUCCCGAUGAAGCUAUGGUUAAUACCGUACUUACCAAGAGUAUGUUGCCUACAAAUGGUGGAUUAUCACUUGGUGGAUGUUUUAAAAUCGUAGUUACUUUAGUGUUAGCUUUAAUUAUUAAACAGAAUGUAGGUUUGUUGUAAUUACAAUAAACGGCAAGUAAAUAA